CAUUGACAUUUAAAAUAAUAGUUCACUUUGUCCCUUGAACACUUCGUAGCAUUCAAGGAACAUCACUGAAAAUGAGUUAUUAGCAAGAGAUUGAGUUGCCUUUAAAAGUAUAAUUGGGAUCUUAGAUUUUAAACUUCUUGUGUCAUUUCAAACUUUUCUUAAUAUACUUUCCAGAUUUAUUGGAAUUGUUGGUGAUUAUAAGAUUUUUAGUACAACGUCUCUGGAAAUUAUCAGGGGAAGGUGGGCCUGUAAAAUCUACCUAUUGGGAGGGGGCAGCAAAAUCCUAACCAAAAGAAACUGCUUCAGUUGGAUGGAAAUGCCAGCUGCCAUGGCAUUUACAAUACGUACAUAGGAUCAGUGUUUAAGUACAUUCCUGGAGCUAUUUGUCUUCUGUUUGCUAGAGAUAAUGUCAAAAUGCUUCAAGCCUUCAAGUGAGCUUGAUAAGAGAACUGUCCUGUUCCCUUUGAUUAAGGAGGCUGCUCAUUAAUCUAUAUUUACAAGCUGAUGGAAAAAAGUGUUGGCACCAACCGCAUGGGAGUGAAACUCUCCAAGGGGACUUUAGCAUAUUACGCUUUUCCUGUGUAAACGCUGAAAAGAUCAUCAACUGCUUUUUUCAUUGAUGGCUCGGUGGUGCUUGUUAGUUUUCACAGGCCAUAAUAAAGCAUUUCUAGGUGUUCUAGUUUUAAAGCCAUUCUCCCUUCCAUGUACCAAUAUGAAUGUCUCAUAACUACUUAGUCUUGUCAGCUAUUGUUUCUCUUCUGCAUUUGAAGGGACAAUCUUUCCUUGUAACACACUGUAGCCAUUCUAAAAGUACUAGUGUGUUCAAAUGAAUGAACACUCAAUUUUGGCUUUUGGGUACUCUCUGGAGAUAGACACAUACUAUUUAACCAGUAAACUACAUGAUUCCCAGCCCGUUUCAUUGCUUUCGGCACAUAAAAAUAAUUCCAAAAUCUAUAUCUUUUACAAUCCCACAUCACAUAUAUUUUUUAAAUUUUAGUAAUUAGUCUAAGGAUUUUUCUUCAUUUUCAUUCAGGCAUGUUGUGAUAGCAGGAAGAUAAUUGCUCAACUAUUGAUAUUUAAAUGUACUUGCAGAUCUAUAUUGAUUUUCUCCCUUUGGAAAAAAAAUCUCUUUCCUGAUAACAAAGCCAGGAUUCUAUCUAGUGAAAAACUUUCUUUCACAAACCUUGUGAAUGUUCUAGUUAGCAUUUCUUUUAAAAUGCCUUUUUUUGUGUGCUGCAGAGCUGAACUUUUACAGAUUGAAAGGAAUAAAAAACUAGGAAGAUUAUACAUUGUGCUCACAUUCUAACCUCAUUCUGCAUUUCAGCAAGAGUAAUUGUGAAAACUUUUGUUUAUGUUUUUGAUCUUGGUUUUCUCAGAAAACAGGAGAAACAGUCCAAAAGCCCCAUUCCCAUUGGGCAGUGCUUUUCUGAAAUGUCUUUUGCAUGACCCCAAAAAGACAGUAAGGAGAAUGUUAGCCCGAUCCCCCUAUAGCUCCACUUGUUUAGCUUCUAGAUAAGAGAUUCUGACUCAGGAGUUAUAAGCCUCAGGUGUACGUGAGGGGAGGAGCAGGAUAGUGCUGGAGUCCAGUCUCCAGGUCUUUGGACUGUGUUGUUAAUUUAUAAUCAUGCCAGCCAUGGAUCUGCAAGGAAUUCUUUGAAGGAGCUGGAGAGAACUUCAUUGUGCUGUAAGUUAAUUUUCCAGUCUCUCGGGGUUAAAUCAUAGAUGAAAGAGUGGAACCAUGAAGGAGGAUCUGGGGGAAAAGAUUGAUAACCUGGACAUAUAUAAUUUAAAGGCAGCCUGGUGCAGACAUAUGCUAAAUGUUCUUUUUCCAUGCAAAAAAGAAUCAGAGCAUACAAAAGUUGUGGGGAUGUUUGGAGUUCAAAGCCAGUGACCAUGCUGAUUGAGGGAUCCUGGGUAUUAUAAUCCAAAAAUUAGUUCCAAGACAUGGAAAAAAUGCUUAUAAUGUCAAACAUCAGUGAAGCAUCUACAGAUGAUGAGGACAAUGAUGGCAGGCUCCCUUCCAGCUUUUUCUUCUGACCAUUCCCCUCUUAAGUUGUGUAUUCCACACUCUGUCCUGCUCCCUCAAAACUAUUGUCCAAGUGUAGUUAAGAAUCCCAUCCUAUGGCUAGUGACGGAAGACUCACCUGCUGAUCCAGAUGACUUCGAUACAUGAAAUUGAAGAUGUGCCAUCUAGUCUUUAGCCUUCAACAGCAAAUAGAUUGCCAACCAGUACACUUGUCUACCUAUGAUUGAUACAAAGCAUAUUUGCCUUUGUUGUUUAUUUGCUAUUUCUUUCUCUAGUUUAUGAGCCUCAUAAACUCUGCUCAAAGCUUGAGAUGCAACCACUGAGGGAUGCACAGAAAAGAAAAAUUUAACUGAGCCAUACAAUCUGUCCUGUGUCCCUUAAGCUAUCCUACGGCUCUCUGGUGUGGUAGAAAGGACUGUCCUGUCAUCGGUAUUGAUAUUGUAUUUAACUACCAAUCUGAUCAGUAUGUGGUUCAGGUGGGGAAAGUAGCAUUUCAUCCUUCAUCUUAGGCUGCAAAUUAUUCUGGGUUUGCCCCAGCACUAGGAAUGCAACAGUAGAUAUAAGAAUGAGUGCAUGGCUGUGCAUUUCCUCCCUGAAGUUGGAAAGAUACUGAAGACUCCAACAUUUCCAAGCUGAUCAAGUGCCAUGUUUUCCAGUAUAUAGUAGCUAGCUACACAGUACCAGGGAGAUGGGAGAUUUCCGGAUUUCGAUUGGAGAUGGAGAUCGAGGAUUGGAAAACCCUGCUUUAGAGUUCACGGAAUCAGAGGGAAGUCCAGGAGCAACAAAGAAUCAUCACCCUUUUGAGAUUUUGGGAGAAAACAACGCACAAGAUGCUCAUUUUGGGAGGUAUAAGAGUGUGGUUCAGCCUUUUUAUAAAGCAAGUGGCUUUUGCAAGGCACACAUCAAGUUAAUAAAGAUGGCCAUAUGGUGCAUUCUGUGCGCAGGUUAUGUGGCCUAUUUCAUUGCAGCCUGUUGGCUGGAUUUUGAUCGAGCCUUGGCGUUGGUCAUUCUCACUGGUCUGGCAAUUGUUCUCAUAGCCUAUAGCUUGGUGAAUAAAUGGUGGGGCUCUGCGAUUGUGAGACUGUUGAGCCCUUGUGGGAAAUGCUGCCAAAGGGCUUGGCCAUGGCUGAAAUGGGUGUUAUGUGCUCUCAUUUUGAUCGGGCUGAUCACCUGGCUGGUUCUUGACAUGUCUCAGAGGCGAGAGCAGUUGGUAUCCCUGGGAGGGUUUGUUGUGCUGGUGCUGAUACUCUUUGCCUGCUCCAAACACCAUAGAGCUGUGUCUUGGAGAGCUGUGUUUUGGGGGCUCAGCCUGCAGUUUGUUCUUGGAGUCUUUAUCAUACGGACAGAACCUGGAUUUCAAGCUUUUGAUUGGCUUGGUGGACAGGUGCAGACUUUCCUGAACUACACCAUUGCUGGCUCCAGCUUCAUUUUUGGCGACAAAUUGAUCCAUGAAGCAUUUGCCUUUCAGACACUGCCCAUCGUUGUCUUCUUCAGCUGUGUGAUGUCCAUUCUCUACUAUUUGAGGGUCAUGCAGUUCAUUAUUCUGAAGAUGUCCUGGCUCUUGCAACUCACCAUGGGCACAGCAGCCACAGAAACCCUGAGUGUGGUGGGCAACGUAUUUGUUGGGAUGACAGAAUCUCCACUCCUCAUUCGCCCAUACCUGAAAGAUAUGACGAAAUCAGAAGUUCACGCUGUGAUGACAGGAGGCUUUGCCACUAUUGCCGGCAGUGUGAUGGGAGCGUACAUAUCAUUUGGGAUUGACCCCUCCUCCUUGAUUGCUGCUUCCGUGAUGGCAGCCCCAUGUGCUUUAGCAAUGGCUAAACUCGUCUAUCCAGAAGUGGAAAAGUCCAAGUUCCAGAGCCGGGAGGGUGUGAAAAUUGCUGCUGGGGAAGAGAAGAAUGUUCUGGAAGCUGCUGGAAACGGAGCCUCAGUCUCGGUGGGGCUGGUUGCAAAUAUCGCAGCCAACCUCAUUGCCUUCCUGGCAGUGCUGGAGUUUGUCAAUGCCACCCUGUCUUGGCUGGGGAACAUGGUCAACCUGCCAGAACUCUCCUUCCAGCUGAUCUGCUCCUAUGUCCUGGUUCCAUUAGCCUUCUUGUUAGGAGCAAGCUGGGAGGAUGCACCCCUGGUUGCGGAGAUGCUGGGAACAAAGAUCUUCUUAAAUGAGUUUGUCGCCUAUCAGCAACUUUCGACCUACAAGCAGAAGCGACUAGAUGGGCUGCCAGAAUGGGAUGGGAAUCACAAGCAAUGGAUUUCGGUCAGAGCCGAAACCAUCACAACCUUUGCUCUGUGUGGAUUUGCCAAUCUGAGUUCCAUCGGGAUUAUGCUGGGUGGCUUGGCAUCUAUGGUACCAGAGCGCAAAAGUGAAUUUUCCAGCAUUGUCCUUCGGGCUUUGUUUACUGGGGCCUGCGUCUCCCUACUCAAUGCAUGCCUUGCAGGCAUCCUCUACGUACCCAGAGGAGAAGUCAUCGAUUGUCUAGACCUCUUCAGCAGAAUUGAAUUCAACUCUACAAACUAUUCCGUUUAUGUUUGCUGCACAGACUUGUUUACCAGCACUUUCACAGCAACCAAUGGAUCACUUUCUUUCUCUGGUGUUUGGGAAAGUGUGGAUUUCAGUACAUCAUUAACUUAUUUCCAGAACUGCUGCGGACACUACAAUGUCACAGCCUGCGCUUAACAAACUGUUAUUGUCACGGAAGGAAUAACUGCUGUGCAAGAAGCUGCCUCACUUGAAUGAUGGAGAUUCUACCAAGCUGCCUUUAUAGUGUAAUGUGGAUUCAACUGGGACAAAAUCUCAUCUUCAGCAUUAAUAGCAAAGAGCAACAGCAUGUUUCCAAGAGUUCAAGAAAUCUUAUAUACAUACAGCAAGCAAAUCUCUUCUAACUGGAACCAUCAAAGCAACUGUUGUGGUUCACUUACCUUGUUUUUGGGAUACAAAAAAUCCAGAUGGGUAGCCACAGUUUUCUGGUGAUAAGUUGAUAGGGACCUCCUUUGUUUACAAAUGAGCCCUAAAUUCCUUUUCACUCUUGAAUCAACCAGAAGGAAGUGCUUAUUGUUAUGUCUUCA